AUGCCCGCCACUUUCAAAGCGCUAGUGUGGUUCAUCACCGGCUCAAGCGCAGGGCUAGGGCUUGCGCUCACCCGUUAUGCAAUGGCACAAGGCCACACCGUCAUUGCAACCUCUCGCAAUCCAUCCAAGACGCCAGAGUUGGUGUCUGAAGUCGAGAAGAGCGGCGGCAAAUGGGUCGCCCUCGACACGACGCAGCCAGAAGAACAACUCACCAAGACAGUGCAGCUUGCAGAGUCUUUGUUCGGCCGAAUCGACAUACUCGUCAACAAUGCUGGUAUGAGCGUGCUCGGAGCUUUAGAAGAUAUACCAUCUGCGGACACUGUAUAUCAGAUGCAGGUCAAUUUCCUUGGCCCCCUGAGAAUCAUGCAAGCCGUGCUGCCAGGGAUGAGAAAACGAAGAUCAGGCGUGAUCAUGAACGUCUCUAGCGCCCAGGGUGUCGCCGCGGGCCUUGCCUGUGGUGUGUACGCAGCAAGCAAAGCCGCGCUAGAAGCAGCUUCCGAAUCGUGCAGUCAGGAGGUCGCGCAGUUUGGGAUUCGCGUGCUGAUCAUUGUGCCUGGGGCGUUCAGGACUGACUUUGGCAAGUCCAACGUGAGCAAGCAGAUAGUGCCCUCAGAGGAGUAUACAGGCAACCAUCCUGUGAGUGCCAGACUCGAUCAUGUCACCAGACUGUCCACCACUGCAAUGGGAAGCCCGGCCAAGGCCGCUAAAAUCAUGUUCGAGGCAGCCACGGGAGAGGGUAAAGUUGGUGAGCUCAUCAAGAAAGAGAGUCUGUUGCGAGUCAUCAUUGGGCCUGACUGCUGGAAGGUGGUGGAUAGAAAGAUCAGCGAGCUCCGAAGGACGACAGACCUGCUCGUGGAUGUUGCCGCAAGCACAAACUUUUGA